AUGAUCCUUAACAAAGGUCGUCAUUUACAAUUCAGAUACCAAGGUCACCUGAAGGUAUUUUGGGUGGCACUCUUCCAGCCAGCCCUCACCUGGUGUGGCACUUUUCCAGCCCUCACCUGGUGUGGCACUCUUCCAGUCCUCACUUGGCAUGGCACUCUUCCAGGUCUCACCUGGUAUGGCACUCUUCCAGGUCUCACCUGGUGUGGCACUCUUCCAGGUCUCACCUGGUGUGGCACUCUUCCAGGUCUCACCUGGUGUGGCACUCUUCCAGGUCUCACCUGGUGUGGCACUCUUCCCAGGUCUCACCUGGUGUGGCACUCUUCCAGCCCUCACCUGGUGGCACUCUUCAGCCCUCACCUGGUGGCACUCUUCAGUUUUCACUCUGGCAGCACUCUUCCAGUCCUCACCUGGUUUGGCAUUCUUCCAACUCUGCAUCAUGUGGCACUCUUCCAGCCCCUCACUUGGCAUGGCACUCUUCCAGGUCUCACCUGGUGUGGCACUCUUCAGGUUUCACCUGGUGUGGCACUCUUCCAGCCCUCACCUACCGUGGCACUCUUCCAGCCCUCACCUGGUAUGGCACUCUUCCAGUUUUCACCUGGCAUGGCACUCUUCCAGUCCUCACCUGGUUUGGGUCUUCCAACUCUCACAUCGUGUGGCACUCUUCCAGCCCUCAGUUGA